UCUACCACAACUAACUUUAGGCAAGUGUGGCAAGCCACAAAAAGUGUGGCUAACAAAUUGGUUGCCACACUUUGCCAUGCCUAAAGGAAUCUUGCCACACUUUUUAACUCUAUGACAUGUGGAGUCCAAAAGAAUCAUGCCUAAGCUUAAUUGUGAACCAAACACUUGCCAACUUGGUCAAACUUGACUAAGGUAAAAUGUGGCAAAUUGUGGCUAGCAACCAAACAGCCCCUCAAUCAGACACGCACCCGUCUCCGCUUUGUCUUCUUCCUCACCCUUCCUCCCGCCUCCAGCCUCCCCUACAAAUUGCCUCGCCUAUCCAUUGUCGCCGGCCCACUCCCUCCCUGCACAGUUGCACUUGCCACAGUAUCCACCAACAACUGCUUGUACGACGAUCUUGGCUACCUAGCAACAGCAAACAGGAGAGGGACGGGAUGGUUCGCUCCGCUGCUGCCAUGGAGGCGGGCCAGGUACCGGACGGGAGGGCUCUGAUGGCGGCCGUCACCACCACAGGCGGCGGUGGGCGGGAGCCGGAGGGCCUGCCGUGCCCGCGCUGCGAGUCCGUCAACACCAAGUUCUGCUACUACAACAACUACAACCUCUCCCAGCCGCGCUACUUCUGCAAGACGUGCCGCCGCUACUGGACGCGCGGGGGCGCGCUCCGCAACGUCCCCGUCGGCGGCAACACCCGCAAGGCCACGCCCGCAACCGGCCGCCGCAAGCGCUCCACUCCAGCUCCCGUCAACGUCACCGUGCCGGCGCCCGCGACCGCGUCGCCUCCGCCUCCGCCGGCGCUCCACGGCGGCUCGCUGCUGCGCCCGUACGGCGGCGGCGGCGGCAGCGGCCUCCUGUCGUUCGCCGCGCCGGCCCUGGCGUCGCCGCUCGCCGCCGCGGACCCGGACCGCCGGCUGCUCGACUUCGGCGGCAGCUUCACCUCGCUGAUCGCGCCCGGGGUGGCGGACGUCGGUGUCCACUUCUCCGCCGGGUUCCUGAUGGGCGGGCUCGCGCCGGCGGCCCUGCCUCGCGCGCCUGGCUCUGUCGCUGCUCUGCCGCCACCGCCACCGCAGCAGCAGCCCACGGUGUCCCAGGCGUUGCCCGAGGGCAUGGUCUGGAGCAUGGGGUGGCCGGACCUGUCCAUCUAAGAGCUCCAUCUCCCUCCGCCGGCGCGCGCGCAGUGCAUCGUCCACCAUCGGUGGCCGGCGAAUGACUGCUACUGCAUCAUCGCUAAUCUAGCCUCUUCUGUUUUCUCUUUUAGCUGUUUCCAUUAACAGUAGACUGUAGCAGUGCACCAAGGUGGUGAUCUUUUUGGGAGUUUAAAGUCGUUUUUAGGGAUCAGGAAAGAAAGUUGUAGUUGAGUCAGGAAGGAACUGUGAGAGAGUGAUCUGCUCAGGAUGUCACGAGACUCUGCAUGCAUGAUGCUUGGUUGCCUGCAUGAGCAUGACCAAUCGGUGGAACUGGCAUCUUACCAUGAGCAUGCAGAUUGUUUUUUUGGAUCGGAAAUGAUGAGCUGAUUGGUGCA